AUGUGGGUUAAACAGAUGCUGAGCAUCAGCAUCUAUGUGGUCAUGGACCUAUCUGGUGUGGAGGAGAGGAAGGAGCUGGUAUUUUACACAUAUGGGAACCUAAAAGUGGCCAACAGUAGGCUUAAUGUUUCAACCCCCAGUGAGUGCCAGGGCCAUGCAGGUAGGAACAGCAUCUGCCUGCUCACAGCUAUGCCCCCAGCUCUGGGCCUACCUGCAGAAGGGUGUGGAGAUGGCUCUGAGAGGUUAAAACCCUGUAGCUGGAGCCCCCCUCCACCACCACCACCUAAGGCAAAAGAGUCUGAGGGUGGAAUCCCCAAGUGGGAGAAGGAGGAGGAGGAGGCAGCAGAGAGGGUAUUGGUGGAAGAGGAGACUGGGGCUCCAAACUCUACCUCCACGGCUUCCCUGCCUCUGAGGAGGAAGGCCCGGGCCUGGGAUGAGGACCAUGUGGAGACAGCGGAAGUGGGGCAGGAAUUGCAUCCCCUGCAGAACAGGUGGGCUCUGUGGUUCUUCAAGAAUGACAGCAGCAGAGUCUGGCAGGACAACCUGCACCUGAUCACCAAGUUUGACACCGUGGAAGACUUCUGGUCGACAUACAGUCAUAUCCAACAGGCCAGUAAGCUCUCUUCCGGCUGUGACUAUGCCCUGUUCAAGGAUGGCAUCCAGCCCAUGUGGGAAGACAGCAGGAAUAAGCGGGGUGGCCGCUGGCUGGUCAGCCUGGCCAAGCACCAGCGCCACAGCAAGCUGGAUCGUCUUUGGUUGGAGACAAUGCUGUGUCUGAUAGGGGAAAGCUUUGAGGAACACAGCAGGGAGGUGUGUGGGGCUGUGGUAAAUAUCCGCACCAAGGGAGACAAGAUCUCUGUGUGGACACAGGAGGCAGAGAACCAGGCCAGUGUGCUGCACAUCGGGCAAGUAUACAAAGAACACCUAGGCCUCUCAACAAAAGCAACUAUUGGUUAUCAAGCCCAUGCAGACACAGCCACCAAGAGUACCAGGAACAAGUUUGUGGUGUGA